AUGAUUCCUGACUCAUUUGCCCACCCCUCUGGGUCCUCUGGAGUGAGCCUGAACCCCAUCCCCAAUGGCCCAGGACUGCUGGUCUCCGUGAAGACUGGACUUGGUGCCAUGGAGGGGCAGACCCCAGGAGGCGGAGGCCUUUCAGAAAAGCCGGUCCCCAUGACCUCCGGCCCUGGCCUGUCCUCGCUGGGUGCCGUCUUCAUCCUUCUGAAGUCCGCGCUGGGCGCUGGCCUACUCAACUUUCCAUGGGCCUUCCACAAGGCUGGGGGAGUGGCCCCCGCUUUCCUCGUGGAGCUGGUCUCCCUGGUCUUCCUGAUCAGCGGGCUGGUCGUCCUGGGCUACGCCACCUCCGUCAGCGGCCAGGCCACCUACCAAGGCGUGGUCGGAGGGCUGUGUGGCCCUGCCAUCGGCAAGCUGUGUGAGGCCUGCUUCAUCGUCAACCUGCUCAUGAUCUCCGUGGCCUUCCUCAGGGUGGUCGGCGACCAGCUGGAGAAGCUGUGGGACUUCAUCCUGCCCAGCGCCCCGCCGGCCCCGCAGCCCUGGUACACCGACCAGCGCUUCACCCUGACUCUGCUCUGCGCGCUGGUCAUCCUGCCCCUCUCCGCGCCACGGGAGAUCGGCUUCCAGAAAUACACAAGCAUCCUAGGCACCCUGGCCGCCUGCUACCUGGCCCUGGUCAUCGUGGCGCAGUAUUACCUCAGGCCCCAAGACCUCGCCCGUGAGCCCCGCCUGGCAUCCAGUCCCUCCUCCUGGACCUCUGUAUUUAGUGUCUUCCCCACCAUCUGUUUCGGAUUUCAGUGUCACGAAGCCGCUGUGUCCAUCUACUGCAGCAUGCGCCCCCAGAGCCUCGGGCACUGGGCCCUGGUCUCCGUGCUGUCCUUGCUGGCCUGCUGCGUCGUCUACUCGCUGACAGGUGUGUACGGCUUCCUGACCUUUGGGACAGACGUGUCUGCUGACAUCCUGAUGUCCUACCCAGGCAGCGACGGGGUCGUCAUCGUUGCCCGGGUCCUCUUUGCUGUGUCCAUCGUGACCGCCUACCCCAUCGUGCUCUUCCUGGGAAGGUCGGUGAUGCAGGACUUCUGGAGGCGGGGCUGUGGUGGGGCAUGUGGGCCGUGGGCCCUGGCCGAGCCCUCGGGGCUGUGGGUCCGGAUGCCACUGACCGUGCUCUGGGUCACCGCGACACUCACCAUGGCCCUGUUCCUGCCCGACCUCAGCGAGAUCAUCGGCAUCAUUGGCGGCAUCAGCUCCUUCUUCAUCUUCGUCUUCCCAGGUCUGUGCCUCAUUUGUGCGGUCAGCGUGGAGCCCAUGGGACCCCGAGUUAAGUGCUGCCUGGAGGCCUGGGGGGUGGUCUCCGUGCUGGUUGGUGCCUUCAUCUUCGGGCAGAGCAUGGUGGCGGCCGUCAUGGAGCUGCUGUAGGGAGCGGCCCGCGCUCCAGCAGGACGGGGGCCCCCGCAGCCGCCUGCAUCUGGCCGUGAGAACCAUGUGACCUCUUCAUUAAGAAGCUGGAGAAACUGACUCUU